AUGUAUUUUGGGCUAUCUCCUAUAGCUAUUAGAAAAUUAGCAUUUGAUUUUUCUCUGAAACUAAAUUUAAAAGUACCAAAAACGUGGACUGAAAAAAAUCAGGCAGGAAUUGAUUGGUUUUCGGCCUUCUUAAAAAGAAACCCAACACUAUCUAUUCGCCAGCCAGAAGCAACAAGCAUAUCAAGAGCUAUGAAUUUUAACAGAGCCAAUGUUAACUUAUUCAUGGAUAAAUAUGAGUCUGUUAUGUUAAAAUACAAAUUUGAAGCACAACACAUUUACAAUUUAGAUGAGACAGGAAUAACAACUGUCCAAAAUACUGAAAAAGUAGUAGCACUUAAAGGGAAAAAACAAAUCGGAGCCAUUACGUCUGGUGAACGUGGGACAUUAGUUACUAUGUGUUUGGCUGUCAAUGCUACAGGUAAUUUUAUUCCACCCAUGUUUAUUUUUCCCAGAGUCAACUAUAAAGAUUUUUUCAUAAGAGGUGGACCUACUGGUUGUAUMSGUGCUGCAAACAAAUCAGGGUGGAUGCAGGGGGAAGAGUUUCUAACAUUUAUGAAGCAUUUUGCAAAUCAUACACGACCUUCAGUUGAUAGAAAAAUACUUGUGUUAUUGGAUAACCAUGAGUCUCAUUUAUUUUUGCCUGUUAUUGAUUUUUGUAGAUCAGUAGGAAUAGUGUUAUUAUCUUUCCCCCCUCACUGCUCUCAUAAACUCCAGCCAUUGGAUCGAUCAGUUUAUGGACCGUUUAAAAAAUUUAUUAAUCAAAAUAUGACUGCUUGGAUGCACAAUAAUCCUGGAAAGAGAAUAACCAUAUACGAUAUACCCCAUAUUUCUUCCGGAGCUUUAAUUAGUGCUGCUACUCCCAAAAACAUAUUAAAUGGUUUUUCAGUAUCAGGAAUUUGGCCUUUUAACAGAGAUGCAUUUAGCGAAGAUGAAUAUGCGCCAUCAUCUGUAACAGACAUAAUGAUAGACAUACAGGCUCAGACAUCCUCAGAACCAGUAAAACAUGUAGAAGCUACUGAUACUCCUAGUUUCCAGCCAGAAAAAAUAAUACUACAUGAAGUGGAUCAACAGCCAUCAGAAACAUUGAUAUCACCAGAGCAAAUAAAACCAUACCCGAAAGUACAAUUUCAAGAAAAAGCUUUAAAGAAAGGAGGUAGAAAAAAAGGGAAGACAGCAAUACUAACAGACACUCCUGAAAAAAUAGAACUUGAAAACAAAGUAACCAAUACUGCUAAAAGAAGUCUUAAAUUUAAAGAAAAUAACAAAACCCCUAAAAAAGUGAAGAAAUCAAAAACAGUUCCUAAGAAAAAAAAAAAGAAGAUUGUUGAUAGCGAAGAAGAAGAAGAGGAAACUUUUUGUUUAGUUUGUGGAGAUACAUAUUCAAAUAGUAAAAAUAAAGAAACAUGGAUACAGUGUCUGAAGUGUAAAUUAUGGGCACAUGAAAAUUGUACUGAUUCAACAAAAAUGACUGCUUUUUAUAAAUGUGACAACUGUGAGGCCGAUGAGUGA